AGUGUAGUGUUUUUGUGUUUUUAGGUUAGACAUUACAGAAGUCAUAAUAAGUUCAUUGAUAAAUAAACAAAAAUUAUCUUCAAAUUCAAAAUUGAUUGGGAUGUCAUAUUAUGGGAAAAAUAAAUAAUAAUAGUAAACAUGGAUUUAAUGGAAUUUAAAGACACAAAAUGUACUCCCGAUACUAUUUAUCCUUAUCCGGCUGAUAUAAGAGACAAUUCUGUACCAAUUGUAAUUGAUAAUGGAUCAUAUCUGUGUAGGGUAGGAUGGUCCAUCAAUGAUUCUCCCUUAUUACAAUUCAAAAAUGUAAUUGCAAAACCUCGCAAAGAAAGACUAAAAAAAGAUAAUGUGGAAACUCCUCCAAAUCCACAAUUACAAAUUGGAAAUGAUAUAGUUAAUAUUGAAGCUGUAAGAUUUCAACUAAAAACUCAAUUUGAUCGUAAUGUUGUAACUCAUUUUGAGGCUCAGGAGCAUUUGUUUGAUUACACUUUUACACAUUUAGGAAUUGAUACUGAAAAUCGUGUGAAUCAUCCUAUAGUGUUAACAGAAGCAUUUUUAAAUCCAAAUACCUCAAGACAAUUGAUGUCGGAGUUAUUGUUUGAGUGUUAUGAAGUACCUGGGAUAUCGUAUGGUGUCGAUGCUCUUUUUUCUUAUCACUAUACCCAACCAGAGCCUUUAAAAGAUGCAUUAAUAGUAAAUCUAGGAUAUCAGACAUGUCAUAUUAUUCCAGUGAUAAACAACUACACUGUUUUUGAAAACACUAGGAGACUGAACAUUGGUGGGUGGAGCAUAGUGACAUUUUUGCAUAGAAUAUUACAACUGAAAUAUCCUGCCCAUGCAACUGCCAUUACUUUGAGUAGAGCCGAAGAAUUAUUGCAUGACAUAUGUGCAAUAGCACCUGAUUACAAAGAAGAAUUGGCAAAAUGGACCAGUACUGAAUACUAUGAACAGAAUAUUAAAAAAAUUCAGUUACCGUAUACUACUAUAAGCAGCAAUACGUUAACAUUGGAGCAACAAAAAGAACGCAAGCGCGAAUUAGCCAGACGAUUGACAGAAAUAAACGCUAGAAAACGCGAAGAACGGCUUGCAGAAGACCAAGAGAAGUUGAGACAGUUCCAAGAAGUCCAAGAAAUUAUCGAUUUUGGUGCUGAAAAAGAAGAAAUUGAGCAUAUUUUGGCGGAGUACGAACUAAAAAGUGUACAAGAUUUACAAAAAGCCGUAGCCAAUCUAAAUGUAAGAAUUGAAAAAACGAAACAGAAAAUUUUGGCUGCCAACAGUGUAGAAGAUGUUGAGGAACCACCUGUGAAACAAGCCAAAUAUUCAAAGAUGGUUUUCGAAAGUGAUAGUGCACUGCACUCAUAUUUAGAAAACGCCAAGAAAAUGAGACAAGAAAUCAUUACCAAAAAAUUGAUACGGAAACAAAGACGACAAGAUAUAUUUAAACGAAGAACUGCUGCAGGUCAAGAAAGAAUGAGAAUUAUAUCACAGUUAGCCAGAAAAGAAAAGGGUAACGAUGAUUUUGGUCUACGGGAUGAAGAUUGGGAUAUCUAUAAAACUAUCAGCAAAGAUGGUGGAGAUUCCGAUAGUGAAGCAGAAAAUGAAAAGCUUCUUGAACUAGAAGAAAUAUUACGAACACACGAACCAUCACAAUUCGAAGAAGGUAUGAACGUUGGAGAAAUGCACCAACUUCACAUCGGUAUUGAGCGUUUCAGAGCUCCAGAAUUAAUAUUUAAACCCUAUAUGUCAGGUUCGUCCGAAGCUGGUCUUUCAGAGAUUAUAGGAUAUGUGUUAUCGUUAUUCAGUGAACAAGAUCAGUUAAAGUUAUCCGCAAAUGUAAUAGUCACAGGAGGACUAGCUUCAUUGAAGGGAUUGAAAGGACGACUGUUAAACGAUCUUAUAUCAAUAAGGCCAUUUAAAUCUGUGGUUAACGUGAAUAUUAUGGAGAACUGUAGUUUAACUGCAUGGCAUGGGGCUAAAGAGUUUGCAAGAAGGGGAGACUAUUCCAACUAUUUGUUAACUAAAAAAGAAUAUCAAGAAUAUGGUCCUGAAUAUUUCAAGACACAUAUGGCCUCUAAUAUUUAUUACCCAACUCCUAAAGAAGUCACAAUAGAUGUAGAGUAAAUUAAAUAGAUAUUGAGGUAACAGUUUUAAACAGAAAUAAGAAGUAAUAAUUUUAGUAUAGAAAAUAAAUUAAUAAAUAAAACUAAAACUUU